UGGAAGGUCGGUGGGAUUGCACAACAAUUUGCGCCCAUAAAUCCCCUGGAAUCUGGCCUCUGUUCCUCUUUCCUGAUAGGCGGCCAUCGCCACUGUACUCUGUUUUUCUUCCUUUAUUUAUCUAUUAUAUUGAAGCUAUAAAAUGAGGUGUUUAGCUCAUGCAACACACCUCCCACCACAAUAAUACAAAAACACAAUCACCAAAAGCAAGAAAUGAAAAAAAUGCGGUUUAAAUGUUUUUGUCUGUUCUUUCUCUGAAGUCAAAACAUGUGGUCUCUAUCCAAACACAACGCAUGCAGUAAAGAGAUAAAACACAGAAAGAAAGAAAGAAAAAAAGAAAGCUGCAAUCUUGAGCUCACAGGCUUUCAUGGCUUCCAAAUCCAAGCAACCACCUCAUUUCCUUCUCAUCCCACUCAUGGCUCAAGGUCAUCUAAUCCCCAUGGCCGAUCUGGCCAAGCUUCUAGCUGAAAAUGGAGCCAGAGUGAGCCUCAUCACCACCCCUCAAAACGCAUCGCGGAUCAACUCCCUUCUCUCCCACCCAAACCAAUCCCAAAUCCAAAUCCUUCACCUCCAAUUCCCAUCUCACCAACAAUCCGGUUUUCCCCAAGGCUGCGAGAAUUUCGACUCCUUGCCUUCACUCAGCUUACUCCCCAAAUUCUUAUCGGCAACGGCUCUUUUCUGUCGGGCCACAGAGGAUUUGUUCCAGCAGUUGUCUCCCAGACCGAGCUGUGUCGUGUCGGACAUGGCGUUGCCUUGGACAAUUAAGGUUGCCCACAAGUUUAAUGUUCCUAGGCUUGUUUUCUACAGCUUGUCUUCGUUGUAUCUGUUGGGUAUGGCGAAUCUACGAGCCACAGGUGUUAUUGACAAAAUCAUGUCUGCUUCUGACUCCGAGCGAAUUGUUAUUCCCAAUUUGCCUGAUAAAGUCGAGUUGACUAAGCCGCAAUUUAUCUGCACUUUGGAUGCUGGGUUUAUGGAGUGGGCCAAUGAAAUGGGCAAAGCUGACCAAGCUUCCUAUGGUGUCAUUGUCAACUCUUUCGAUGGGUUGGAGCCAAAAUACCUUGAGGAGCUCAAGAAGGCAAUAGGAUCAGAGAAAGUUUGGUGUGUUGGGCCCGUUUCAUUAUGCAACAAAGACACAACCGACAAAGCUAUAAGAGGUAACAAGGCCGCCCUUGACGAACACGAAUGUCUUAAAUGGCUUGACAGACAACAGCCUGGUUCAGUCGUCUACGCUGCACUCGGCAGCUUAUGCAACCUAAUAGCAGCACAAAUCAUAGAGUUGGGGCUGGCUCUAGAGGCAUUGAACAGGCCAUUCAUUUGGGUCAUAAGACAAACCGAAGCCACGAACAACGAACUAGAAAAGUGGCUGUCAGAGUCCGGCUUUGAAGAGAGGACCAAAGAAAGAGGGCUGGUGGUCCGUGGCUGGGCUCCGCAACUGCUGAUAUUAUCACAUCCGGCAGCCGGAGCCUUUGUCACACACUGUGGCUGGAACUCGACCAUCGAAGGGAUCACGGCAGGAGUGCCGAUGGUGGCCUGGCCGUUGUUUGCCGACCAGAUAUUCAACGAGAAGUUGAUCGUUCAGCUGCUGAAGGUUGGGGUCAGCGUGGGGAUGGAGAAGAGUGUUAUGUGGGGAAGUGAGGAGGAAAUCGGGGUUCAAGUGAAAAUGGAAGGCAUUAGAGGGGCAAUUGAGAAGGUGAUGGAUGGAGACGGAAACAAGGAGAUGAGAAGAAGAGUGAGGGAUUUAGCUGAAAGAGCGAAGGCGGCCAUGGAAGAAGGAGGCUCUUCUCAUCUCAAUUUGAAGCUGUUGAUUGAAGAUAUUAUGCAUGAGGCAGAGGCUCGUGAGUCCCACAAAUAGUAAUUUCUUUAUUAGCAAAAUGCUAAAUCCACAUUUGAAUUCUGGAUGUUCUUACCAUCUCAUACAAUCUUAAUAUUGCUUAGAACACAGUUUUAUAAUUCAAGUUUAAUUUAUA